CACUGGUCACAUGACUCGCUGUGUUGCUAAUAAGGAAAAAAUGGCGGCCCACCUUUCUUACGGUAGAGUCAAUUUAAACAUUUUGAGAGAAGCAGCUCGAAAAGAGCUUCGAGAGUUUCUGGAUAAAUGCGCAGGAAGCAAGGCCAUUGUCUGGGAUGAAUAUCUGACUGGACCUUUUGGACUCAUAGCUCAGUACUCUCUCCUGAAGGAACAUGAAGUGGAAAAGAUGUUCACCCUCAAGAGCGGCAGGCUCCCCCCUGCUGACGUCAAAAACAUCAUCUUCUUUGUGCGUCCCCGACUGGAGCUUAUGGACAUCAUCGCUGAGAACGUAUUCAGCGAGGAUAAGCUGCAUUCGUCACGGGACUUCCACAUUUUAUUCGUGCCUCGGAGGAGUAUGCUGUGUGAGCAGCGGCUGAAGGAGCAGGGAGUGCUGGGCUCCUUCAUCAACAUCGAUGAGUAUAUCCUGGACUUGAUUCCGUAUGAUGGUGACCUGCUCUCCAUGGAGUAUGAAAGUGCUUUCAGGGAGUGCUACCUGGAAAAUGACCAAACAAGUCUUUACCACACAGCCAAAGGCCUCAUGACCUUACAGGCACUGUAUGGCACCAUUCCUCAGAUAUAUGGGAAAGGAGACUGUGCACGGCAUGUUGCCAACAUGAUGCUGAGGAUGAAGAGGGAGUUCGCAGGCAGUCAGAAUCAGAUCCUUCCCGUGUUCGACACCCUGCUCCUCCUGGACCGUAAUGUUGAUCUGCUCACGCCUGUGGCCACACAGCUCACCUAUGAGGGUCUCAUUGACGAGAUCUAUGGAAUCACAAAUGGUUAUGUAAAGUUGCCCCCUGAGAAGUUUGCGCAGAAGAAGCAAGGUGAGGCGAGUAAAGAUUUACCCACCGAGCCCAAGAAGUUACAACUCAACUCAGCAGAGGAACUCUACGCAGAAAUCCGGGACAAGAACUUUAAUGCUGUUGGAGCAGCACUCAGCAAGAAGGCCAAAAUCAUUUCGGCUGCCUUUGAGGAACGCCAUAAUGCCAAAACAGUGGGAGAGAUAAAGCAGUUUGUCUCUCAGCUGCCUCAUAUGCAGGCAGCACGAAGCUCACUGGCUAACCACACUUCUAUAGCAGAGCUGAUCAAGGACAUCACCACUUCAGAGGCCUUCUUUGACAAUCUAACAGUGGAGCAGGAGUUUAUGACUGGAGUCGACACAGACAAGGUGAACAUAUAUAUAGAAGACUGCAUUGCUCAAAAGGAUCCACUGAUCAAGAUCCUGCGCCUGGUGUGUAUGCAGUCCGUGUGCAACAAUGGCCUGAAGCAGAAGGUGUUGGACUACUACAAGAGGGAGAUUCUACAGACCUAUGGUUACGAACACAUCCUGACACUGAACAAUCUAGAGAAGGGGGGUCUUCUGAAGCCCCAGACCAACUCAAGGAAUAACUACCCCACUAUUCGGAAAACCCUUAAACUGUGGAUGGAGGAUGCUAAUGAACAGAACCCCAAUGACAUUUCCUAUGUGUACAGCGGCUACGCUCCAUUGAGCAUCCGACUGACCCAGGUACUGGCCAGGCCCGGGUGGCGUAGCAUUGAAGAAGUGCUGAAAAUACUUCCCGGUCCGCACUUUGAGGAAAGACAACAGCUGCCUGCUGGUCUUCAUAAGAAACGCCAGCAGGGGGAGAAUAGGACAACGCUGGUGUUCUUCCUUGGCGGAGUGACGUAUGCCGAAAUAGCCGCUCUGCGUUUCCUCUCUCAAAUGGAAGACAGCGGGAUGGAAUACAUUAUAGCCACCACAAAACUGUUAAAUGGAACGACUUGGAUCAAAUCCCUCAUGGAUCGGCCUGAAUCUCAGAGCCCCUGAGUCCCCUGCAUGUACACCUGGCCACAUCAAACACCCCACCCAUCAGAAAACUCUCAGCUGUUGUUUUUAUCUCUGUAUCAGUGCACUGCAGGUGUUUCACUGAUGUCUGCUGAAUCAACAACCACUGGCUCUUUACAGGUGCCCUGUGGAGUUAUGUUUACGUUCAGUGUUACUGACUAAAAAACAUCGUUUGUAACUUUGAGGCCUGGUAAACAUGCUGAUUGCAAUUCCUUGCUGUGCUUUGCUUCUUUUUCUACCAUCUUAAAUCUUUCCAUGUUCCACAAAUGUCUCUUGCUUUACUUAGCUUCUUUGUUUUUUAGCCCCACCGACUGUUACUCAGUGGAAUAAUGAGAAAUUAACAGCUGCAAUGUGUAUUUUGUCCUCUGCAAUGUCAUGCAUGUCCCUGAUUCAAUCAAACUGUUAACCCACUUGUAGCCAAAUUGCUCCAUCGCACUUUUACUGGACACAAACUCCACAGGGUACCAUCAUUUUUUUUACUAAUUCCUGAUUUGCAGCCAGAUAAAAUGCUAUUCAAAGCUGGUUAAGCACUGUUUGUUGCCUCCUGGUUAUCUAAUAUGGAGCUAUUGUAUAUAUGUAUGUAUGAUUAAAAUCUUCUCAUGUACAAAAUGAUUAAAGUUGCACAUUGA